GCUGCUAGUAUCGAGGAAUCCCGGCGUGUACAGCGCGAAGGAAAAGAUGGCGGCGAUGGCGGUCGGAGGUGCCGGCGGGAGCCGCGUGUCCAGCGGGAGGGACCUGAAUUGCGUCCCCGAAAUAGCCGACACACUGGGGCAUGUGGCCAAGCAGGGGUUUGAUUUCCUCUGCAUGCCUGUCUUCCACCCGCGUUUCAAGAGGGAGUUCACUCAGGAACCUGCUAAGAAUCGGCCGGGCCCCCAGACACGAUCAGACCUACUGCUGUCAGGAAGGGACUGGAAUACGCUAAUUGUGGGAAAGCUUUCUCCAUGGAUUCGUCCAGACUCAAAAGUGGAGAAGAUCCGCAGGAACUCAGAGGCGGCUAUGUUACAGGAGCUGAAUUUUGGGGCAUAUUUGGGUCUUCCAGCUUUCCUGCUGCCACUAAAUCAGGAAGAUAACACAAACCUGGCCAGAGUUUUGACUAACCACAUCCACACUGGCCACCACUCCUCCAUGUUCUGGAUGCGGGUACCAUUGGUGGCACCAGAGGACCUGCGAGAUGAUAUCAUUGAGAAUGCACCAGCUACACACACACAAGAAGAGUACAGUGGAGAGGAGAAGACAUGGAUGUGGUGGCACAACUUCCGGACCUUGUGUGACUAUAGCAAGAGGAUUGCAGUGGCUCUUGAAAUUGGGGCUGAUCUCCCAUCUAAUCAUGUCAUUGAUCGUUGGCUUGGAGAGCCCAUCAAAGCAGCCAUUCUCCCCACCAGCAUUUUCUUGACCAAUAAGAAGGGAUUUCCUGUUCUUUCUAAGAUGCACCAGAGGCUGAUCUUCCGGCUCCUCAAGCUGGAAGUGCAAUUCAUCAUCACAGGCACCAACCACCACUCAGAGAAGGAGUUCUGCUCCUAUCUCCAGUACUUGGAAUACUUGAGCCAGAACCGCCCUCCACCCAAUGCCUACGAACUCUUUGCCAAGGGCUACGAAGAUUAUCUGCAGUCCCCACUCCAGCCACUGAUGGACAAUCUGGAAUCUCAGACAUAUGAAGUGUUUGAAAAGGACCCCAUCAAGUACUCUCAAUACCAGCAGGCCAUCUAUAAAUGUCUCUUAGACCGAGUGCCAGAAGAAGAGAAGGAUACCAAUGUCCAGGUGCUGAUGGUGCUAGGAGCAGGCCGGGGUCCCCUGGUGAAUGCUUCCCUGCGGGCAUCAAAGCAGGCUGACCGGCGGAUAAAGCUCUAUGCUGUGGAGAAGAACCCAAACGCUGUGGUGACGUUAGAGAACUGGCAGUUUGAAGAAUGGGGAAGCCAGGUGACAGUGGUCUCGUCAGACAUGCGGGAAUGGGUGGCUCCAGAAAAAGCAGACAUCAUUGUCAGUGAGCUUCUGGGCUCCUUUGCUGACAAUGAACUGUCACCUGAGUGCCUGGAUGGAGCCCAGCACUUCCUAAAAGAUGAUGGCGUGAGCAUCCCUGGAGAGUAUACCUCCUUCCUGGCUCCCAUUUCCUCCUCCAAGCUGUACAAUGAGGUCCGAGCCUGUCGGGAAAAGGACCGUGACCCUGAGGCCCAGUUUGAGAUGCCUUAUGUGGUACGACUACACAACUUCCACCAGCUGUCUGCGCCCCAGCCCUGUUUUACUUUCAGCCAUCCCAACAGAGAUCCUAUGAUUGACAACAACCGCUACUGUACCUUGGAGUUUCCCGUGGAGGUGAACACAGUGCUGCAUGGCUUUGCAGGCUACUUUGAGACCGUACUUUAUCAGGACAUCACCCUGAGUAUCCGUCCAGAGACUCAUUCUCCUGGAAUGUUCUCAUGGUUUCCUAUUCUCUUCCCCAUUAAGCAGCCCAUCACGGUGCGUGAGGGCCAGACCAUCUGUGUGCGUUUCUGGCGAUGCAGCAACUCCAAGAAGGUGUGGUAUGAGUGGGCUGUGACAGCACCAGUCUGUUCUGCUAUUCACAACCCCACAGGCCGCUCCUACACCAUUGGCCUCUAGUCCUGCCUGCAAGUGUCCACACCCUUGGAAGCAGCUUCAGGUUCUGCUUCUGUAGCACAGAAGGUGCAAUGCAUCUGUGGGCUUUGAUACCCCUUGCCCUUCAGAGAGGAGCAUUUCAAUCUGCUUUCCUACCUUACAUCAAGUGGGCAAGGGAUGAAAAUUGUUUGCAGGGCUCAAGCCGCUAAUCUGAAGAUUUAAGGCUAGGGCAUAAGGAAUUAGUGCUGGAUCUGAAGUUACUCCAGCAGGUACUCAGGCUCAAGAGUUCCCUGGAACAGCCCUGAGAACGUGGAUUGAACAGAUUUUCAGCCCUUUCCAUGCCCAUCUCUAUUCCUGUUUUGAUGGUUUUGUGUGGGAGGAAAUACAAAUAAAAUGAAGUUAUGGCCUUCCUGCUCCAAUACUGCUGACACCUGCCUCUGCUUUCCACAUCUUACUUCAACUUAACUAGGCAUGUUCACAUUUGUGCCCUUACCCAAAACCCGAAGUGGCCUAGCUUUAUUCCCUAUUUAGGAAGGUUAGUGGUGACUCUUGGGACUGCUGGGUAUAGGCCUUUCUGACCAGAUAUAGAUGGGUGUCAUCCAUUAGGACCUGUGAUUAGGUUUUUCUCUGGGGAGGAGGCAGUUUGCCACCAUGGACAAAGAUAGGGUAGCAAGUAAAGCCAAUUUCUCUUCCACCUUCCUGAGCUGUUGCACUGCCAGCUCCUUCCUUACCUCUUGUGAAAAGGUGUGGUAUGAGUGGGCUGGAAGCCAUGGGGCAUCUCCAGCAAAAAGACACCUAUUUUGUUUGCAUAAAAUUGCAGGGUUAAAGUUUGAAAUCCUAAGAGAUCAUCUAGUCUAAUUCAUUUUACAAAGGAGGUAUUUGAAAUUGGUGCAAUGAUAUAAAGUUAAUACUCAAAUUGGGACUGGAACACAGGUCUCUGACUCUGGCUGGCUCCACGUUAUAACCAGUUUCGGUUCUGACAGCUAUAUUAGGCCUCAGAAGACUAGGGGUUCUGGAAGCCCUUGGUGGGCAACAGUUCCUUUUCUGGUUAGAGAGAGGAGAGUAUGGCACCCAAGGAGUCACCUGAGAAACUAAAAUUUACCCUUGUAAUGGGAGGUUGUGGGGCACUGAUUUGAACUGAAGGUACGUGAGCUGUAGGACCAGGCAAUGACAAUAAUGCAGUGUGGAAAAGACAAAUCUGUGGCAAGACUUAAAUUUCCCAGGUCCCAAGCACUGAGGGCAGGAGGCAGCGGUUGGGAGGGUUGUAUAGACAGCCUGCUGAGAACUGAGUACGUGAGACUACAAUCCUCGAGGUGAAACGCUGUUACUCUCCACACAGCUGUCGUGGGUAAGACCCCCUUGGCAAAUCAAGAGUAGGACGGCUGAAGAGGCCGGUUGCACCUCGUGGGCUACUUCGCCCACGGCGCUGGCCUUAACCGAAGCGGCAGCAGCCGAGUAGGAGGGUCCUUCCCUCUGGUUAUUUGCCUGUGUUCCCCGCCUUCCGCAGGACACUUAACCAAUGAGAACGACGGGCGGCCGCCUACGGGCGCUUCCACUUUGAGUCUUGGAGAACUUGGCCAAAUCAACGGGAACUUCAUGGUUGCUAAGACACAUUGGAGUUUGGCUCCACCUAUAACUAGGGUUUUAGUCAAUGAAAGUCUGUACUUCGUACUGUAGCCGCGAAACCGAUAUUAGUUCCUCCCCGUGCACGUUUCGGCGCCAGCGCAGAUUGGGGAAGGUUCUGGAACACGGAGCUGUUGCCGUCUUACGGGAAGAGGAGAGGCUGCAGCUGCAGUGUUGAUUUUACUACUGAGACUGCAAAAUACCCGUGCUUCGCCACCGACAGCACACUCAUAGGGACGGAGAAAGCCGAGGCCCCGACCGGCGGACACCCGGAUCUGGUGAGAAAUCCCGAAGCCCCGUUCCCCGCGACGUCACCUGUACGUGGCGAUGCCGCACGGCGCCUCCCCCUGACGUCACAGGUAGAAAAUGGCGUCAAGAGCAGAAUCAAGCAAACUAAAAAUUGAAAACAUUCUUUUUGUUUAAUCUGGAAGUGUUCGUUUCUUAAAUGUAGUCUGCUGGCAUAAUUUGAGGGAUCGGCUUCUGGUGGCUGUGUCCUUUACCGAUGAGGCUGCUGUUUCAAGGAUCCCAAUCUGCUACGAUGGCAUCCGAUGACACAAUAAGAGGCUUAAUUUCAGAGAGAAGAGCCUGGUCAGGGAGCCAGUUGAUAAUCUGAGUCCUGAGGAGCGUGAUGCCUGCACAGUUUUCUGUAUGCAGUUAGCUGCUGGCAUUCAGCCUCAAGACCUGGAUCACUUUUUCUCUGCUGUUGGCAGGGUUCAUGAUGUUCAUAUCCUCUCGGAUCAGAACUCGUGUUGCUCUGAAGGCAUUGUCUAUGUGAAAUUCUGUGAAAUCUAGUCUGUGCCUCUGGCCAUUGGGCUGACUGGGCAGCAGCUGCUGGGAGUGCCUGUCAUUGUACAGGCCUCACAG